AUGAUAUUUUCCAAUUGUCUUCUUUUUAUUCUUCCUAUCUAUCUAUCUAUCUAUCUAUCUAUCUAUCUAUCUAUCUAUCUAUCUAUCACAGUAUCUUCUCUACCUAUCUUUCACUUUAUCUAUCUAUCUAUCGAUCUAUCUUUCACUGUCUCUUAUCUAUCUAUCUAUCUAUCUAUCACAGUCUCUUUAUCUUUCUUUCAUUGUCUCUUCUGUUUGUCUCUAUCUAAUUAUCUAUAUUUUGCUGUCUCAUCUAUCUAUCUAUCUAUCUAUCUAUCUAUCUGUUUGUCUGUCUAUCUAUCAAUCACUGCCUCUUAUCUAUCUAUCUAUCUAUCUAUCUAUCUAUCUAUCUAUCACAGUUUCUUUACCUAUCUUUCCGUCAUUGUCUCUUCUUUGUUUGUCUAUCUAAUCUAUCUAUUUAUCUAUCUUUCACUGUCUCUUCUAUCUAUCUAUCUAUCUAUCUAUCUAUCUAUCUAUCUAUCUAUCUAUCUAUCACUGUCUCUUAUCUAUCUAUCUAUCUAUAUAUAUAUCUAUCUAUAUAUAUAUGAUUGGGUUAUUUUAAGGUCUAUCUGUUUAUACUAUUUCAACGUUUUCGUAUCUAUCUAUCUAUCUAUCUAUCUAUCUAUCUAUCUGUCCGUUUGUCUGUCUGUCUCUUUCAGCUUUUUCAUAUCUCACUCUUUUUCAUAUCUAUCUAUCUAUCUAUCUAUCUAUCUAUCUAUUUUCCUAUCUCUCUGUCUAAUUCAUCUUUUUAUCUAUCUAAUUCAAUCUGUUUUACUGUCUAUGUUUCUCUCUUUCUCAACGAUCCCCCCCCACUCACUUUUCCCGGUUCUUCCAUCAUUAAUUUAUCAUAUUUCUUUCUUUCUUUCUUUCUUUCUUUCUUUCUUUCUUUCUUUCUUUCUUGCUGUCUUUACUUCCUUUCUUUUCUUCUUUACUAUCUUUCUUUACUUCUUUCUUUCUUUGUGUAUUUCUUUCUUUGUUGCUUUCUUUCUUUCUUUCUUAAUUGAUUUUUCUUUUAUUCUUGUCUUUCUUCUUUUUCUUUGUCUUCUUUCCUUCUUUCGUCCGAUCUUUCUUGUCUGCCAUUUUUUUCUUACUUUCCUGUUUCUUUUUUCUAUAUUUUUUGUAUUUCUUUUCUUCUUUCUUUCUUUCUUUCAUUCUUUCUUUCUUUCUUUCUUUAGCUGUCUUUCUUUCUUUCUUUCUUUCUUUCACUGUCUUUCUUUCUUUCAUUCUUUCUUUCUUUCUUUCUUUAGCUGUCUUUCUUCCUUUCUUUCUUUCACUGUCUUUCUUUCUUUCAUUCUUUCUUUCUUUCUUUCAUUCUUUCUUUCUUUAGCUCUGUCUUUCUUUCUUUCAUUCUUUCUUUCUUUCUUUCUUUCUUUAGCUUUUUCUCUUCUCUUUUUCUUUUUUCUUUCUUUUUUCUUUCUCUUUCUCUUCUCUUUUUCUUUUGUUUUUCUUUUUUCUUUCUCUUUCUCUUCGGCUUUCUUUUUUCGUUCUUUUUUCUUUCUGUUCUGUUUUCUUUUUUCUUUCUUUUUCUUUUUUCUUUCUCUUUCUCUUCUGUUUUCUUUUUUGAUUUUUUUCUUUCUCUUUCUCUUCUGCUUUCUUUUGUCUUUCUUUUUUCUUUCUUUUUAUUUCUUUUUCUCUUCUUUUUCUUUCUUUUUCUUUCUUUUUCUCUUCUGCAUUCUUUUUCUUUCUUUUUCUAUUUCUUUCUCUUCUGCUUUCUUUUUUCUUUCUCUUUCUUUCUCUUUCUCUUCUACUUUCUUCUUCUUUCUCUUCUCUUUUCUUUUUUCUUUCUUUUUUAAUUUUUUCUUUCUCUUUCUCUUUCUUUUUUCUUUCUUUUUCUUUCUCUUUCUCUUCUCUUUUCUUUUUCUUCUGCUUUCUUCUUCUUUCUCUUUCUCUUCUCUUUUCUUUUUCUUCUGCUUUCUUCUUCUUUCUCUUUCUCUUCUCUUUUCUUUUUCUGUCCUUCUUCUCUUGCUUCCUUUCGUUUAUUUCUUUCGUUUCCUUAUUUCAUUCUUCUUUGCUUUCCUUUUUAUUCUUUCUCACUUUCUUUUUUUCUUCCUUUUUUUCCUUUUUAUUGUUCUUUCUUUCAAACAUUUGUGGCUUCCUUUUAUAUAUUUUUCUUCUUUCUUUUCUGUCACGUUUUUUUUCUUUCUUCCUUUCUUUCUUUCUUUCUUUCUUUCUUUACUAUUCAGUCAUAUUUCUUUUUCUCCUGUUCUUUCUUUCUUUCUUUGUUUAUUUUCUUCUUUUCUUUCUUUAUGCUUUUCCCAUUUUCCUUUUUUCUUUUUUUUCUUUUCUUUUUCUUUGUUCCCUUUUUGCCCUUUUUUCUUUCUUUCUCUCAUUUCUGCUCUACUUUUCCUUUCUUUCACCCUCUUUUAUCGUAUUUUCAUUUCUCUUUUCCUUUCUUUUCCAUGGUUUUUCUUUUCUCGAACAUUCUUCCCCCAUUUCUUGUUUCUUUCCUUCAAUUAA